GGCUUUUCUCGGUCUUCCUAUCGGUCUCUCUUUCCCCCUAUCUAAUCUUUAUCUCUUCCUCCUGCGAAGCAGAAUGCCCAAUCCUUCUCUUGUGGAUCCCUCUAGAUCCUGACAGUGUAAUCGUCGAUUCGUUCCCGUUCUUUGAUCCUUGCGAUUAACCGAUCCCGCGGUACCUCUACUGCACUCAUCGGCUCCAGCGCUUCUGAUUCCGAUGUUAGAAGCGCUAUAGGAGCGCUAGGGUUUCCAGAUCAAGCUUCGGAUCUCUGAAUUUUUGUGGGUAAUCGAUGGCGGAGACCAGGCUGUUUUCAUUGACGCCUCAACUCGAUAUCGAACAGAUCCUUCUGGAAGCACAACAUCGCUGGUUACGCCCUGCUGAAAUUUGUGAAAUACUUCGGAACUAUAGGAAAUUUCAUAUUGCGCCAGAGCCACCAAAUAAACCACCUAGUGGCUCUCUUUUUCUAUUUGAUCGCAAAGUAUUGAGAUACUUUAGGAAGGAUGGUCAUAACUGGAGAAAGAAAAAAGAUGGGAAGACUGUGAAAGAAGCUCAUGAGAGACUAAAAGCUGGAAGUGUUGAGGUGCUUCAUUGCUAUUAUGCCCAUGGUGAAGAGAACGUAAAUUUCCAAAGACGGAGUUAUUGGAUGCUGGAAGAGUGAGUUGCAGAAUAUAAUUUUUACUAUGUUUUCCCUUUGACAAUGUAUGUGUUAAAUUUUUUUCUUGUAUGGUGAUUUAGUUUUUCUAUGGAUUCUUAUUUGUGUGAUAUGUUAUGAAGCAUGCCCAUAUAAGAUAUUAAGCUUGUUAAAAUAUCUUGCUAUUUAAUCUUUCCUGUUAAGUUUAAUUCAUUGCAGCACUUCGUUCUGAACGCUAAUCUUAUCAAGGUGCUUUCAGUUGAUUGAUUUUUUAAAUUUAAUUUGGAUGACUUGUUCUGAUGUAUUAAUUGAUCAGAUCUCUAAGCAAAGAUCUGAAAUUAUGUUCUUUCAUGUAUGAAAUUGUAUCUCUACAGCACAUAGUGCGUUUAUGAACACUGUGCAAACUACAAUAAGUGUCUGAGAAGUUGAUUUUUGAACUUGAGAUUUAUUCACCAAGAGGGCUUCAACCUGC